UUAGCCAAUCAGCAGCAAGCUCUGCCAGCCAGAAGGACACAUAAAAGAAGAACAUUGCAGCAGAGGCACAGAAGGAGCCUGCGAGGAGCUGGGAAAUACACACACAACAGCAGAACCACAACACCCUCCCCUGGACACACCCUACUGGGGAUCACUGCUUCUCUUUUUUUCUGAACCAUCGCCCACGCCACACGGAGAGAAAUCUCUCUCUCAUCAUCAUCCUGAAGAAAACCCCCUUCUCCUCAUUUUCACACUGCUGAGGAAACCUACAAUCGCACGGGCUGAGCUUUCCUGCCGAAGACUGUCGUUUUUCCUUUUUCUUUUUUUUUCUUUUCGUUUGGAACCUGACAUUCGCCUUUCUCGAGCCACGCCACGGCGUAAUAUCUGCAAGACGGCCUGAAGACCUGCGACUUGAAGGACCUAGAUCACUAUCAUCUUUGUACAUCAAGAAUGGUUACUAUAAUUAGCACCAUGGAAACUCAGGUGUCCAAUGGUCCGAGCGGAACCAGCUUGCCUAACGGCCCUGUCAUUAGCACUAACGGUGCCACAGACGACAGCAAAACCAACCUGAUCGUCAACUACCUGCCUCAGAACAUGACCCAGGAGGAGUUCAAGAGCCUUUUCGGCAGUAUCGGAGAAAUCGAGUCCUGCAAAUUAGUCAGAGACAAGAUCACAGGCCAGAGUUUGGGCUAUGGCUUCGUAAACUACGUGGAUCCCAACGAUGCCGACAAGGCCAUCAACACGCUCAACGGUCUCAAACUGCAGACCAAAACAAUCAAGGUGUCCUAUGCCAGACCAAGCUCAGCUUCCAUACGCGAUGCCAACCUGUAUGUGAGCGGCCUGCCCAAAACCAUGAGUCAGAAAGACAUGGAGCAGUUGUUUUCCCAGUAUGGAAGGAUCAUCACCUCACGCAUCCUGGUAGACCAGGUCACAGCAGGUAUAUCGCGCGGAGUAGGAUUCAUUCGGUUCGAUAAGAGAAACGAGGCCGAGGAGGCCAUCAAAGGCCUGAAUGGUCAAAAGCCGCUGGGCGCCGCAGAGCCCAUCACCGUGAAGUUUGCCAACAACCCCAGUCAGAAGACGGGACAGGCCCUGCUUACCCAGCUUUACCAGACAGCUGCUCGCCGCUUCACCGGCCCUCUGCACCACCAGACUCAGCGCUUCAGACUCGACAAUUUACUAAACGCCAGCUACGGAGUCAAGAGCUCUCCUUCUUUCCUCCCCAGAUUCUCCCCCAUAACCAUUGACAGCAUGACCAGUCUAGCCGGCGUCAACCUGACCGGGCCCACCGGAGCCGGCUGGUGCAUCUUCGUCUACAACCUGUCCCCGGAAGCCGACGAAAGUGUUCUGUGGCAGCUCUUUGGGCCGUUUGGCGCCGUCACAAACGUCAAGGUCAUCCGUGACUUCACCACCAACAAAUGUAAGGGCUUUGGCUUUGUCACCAUGACCAACUACGACGAGGCGGCCAUGGCCAUCGCCAGCCUGAACGGCUACCGCCUGGGCGACCGCGUGCUGCAGGUCUCCUUCAAGACCAGCAAGCAACACAAGGCUUGAAGCAAGGCCUAGUCACUAUUGCUCUUUAACAUGCAGGGGGAGCUACUGAGCUCCCUGUACAUUCACUCUACAUGGGCCUGGACUGAGUCUCUCUCUAACACACAUUCGACACACACAUACACACACACACACGUUUAGUUGUUUCGAACAAAAAUACACAAGUAGAGUCGUUUUCUUUUCUCUUUACACAACAUGCUAGUCCUUCCCAACAUUUGCCUGUAUUGAAUUAGCAGAGUUGUGAGGCGGAGCUGGGGAAAUCCACAAGGAGGGACAGUCUAAUGAAUGUGACAGAGAAUGUCUGCAGAGAUUUAAUUUAAUUCAGGCAAAGUAAGAGAACUGGUCAACGAAUGAACGAACGAACGAACGAACAAAGAAAAAAAAAGAAAAGGAAAUCGAAUAUGUGCAAUUUACCCGAAAUCUUGCCCCGGUAACUCUCCUGUCUGUCUUCAGAGGAUGUAGUCACUUUUUUACACUUGGGCAUUUUGAAUCAGUGAUUUUUUAAAAGAAAAAUGAUUAAAACAGUGUUCUCAUAUAUAUUAUGAUAUAACUAUAUAUUCAACAUUUAAGGUGGUUAUAAUAGCCAAAUAUGUAAGCAUUUUCUAGAACUUUGAUUACGGUUUCCUGGCUCUACAUUAGGUUGCAACCUUGCCUUAUGGCACCACACAAACCUUGCACCUCGAGGUCCAACCCAACAGCCACUGAACAAACUGUGUGGAUGGUAGUCACAAAUCGAGAGGUCACCCGGGGGUCAUCACAAUCACCUCAGCACACCGAAAGACAAAGUUCAUCACAGAGACACUCGCACACACACACACACACACACACACACAUACACGCACAUGCACACACGCACCUCCACCGGAGGGCGUAGCAAAACAUCACAAAACAUGGCGACCUAGAAUCUCCUCUUAUCUUUCCACUCUUGAGUUUUAGAGUUAGAAUUUAGAAAUGAUUCCACCACAUGCAGUUGUCUGUAUAACCAGGGGCAUUUCGACAGUGUUCCCAUGGCAUUUGGAAUUCUUUUGAAAGUCUUUCAAACCAAUUACGAAGGCCGACUGCGGAAUCCAGAACCAUAUUAGAUCAUUUUAUACAGGUUUGAAUGGCUCGGGAGAAGGAAAGGCUGUGUGUCAGCUCUUUGAGCAAAAGCGCGAGCUGUUAUGAAGGUCAGGGGCCACUGGGAUUGGUCGUCCUUGGUCUUCAUAACUUCUCAGAUACAUUUAGCUCCAUUCACUAAACAGAAUCGCAUUAUAAUUCGCUUUCCCGAACCGGUUUUAGCAGCCCCUGCGUAUCUAAACAGCUACAUAUCAAAUCAAAUUUUGUGUCCUCAAGGCCCUUUAAAGCUAGUCGCAGCCACACGAGCUACACAAUUUUUAAAAAUUAAAAAUCUUUUUUUUUUAAAUAUGUAAACAUCUCGUAAACAAAAAAUUCCCUAGAUACAUUAAAGACAAUGCCCAAGCUGUCCACAGCCCUGCGAUAAAACAAACAAAACUGUUCCAUGGGGAGAGACAUUGCUGUAAAAUGGCAAAACUUCACAUUAUAUGAAGAAAAGAACUGAAAGAUGUAAAUGUGUGUUCAAAUCAAGUGACAUUUUGCUUUUCUAAAUAACGCUGUGUUAGCCAAAGAGGACAAUGAUCUCUUUGAAAGGAUUACAUUAGAGAUUAAUAUAUUUUUAUAUCUAUGAAGAAAAAACACAAGACCUUGUGCAACAUUUUUACAGAUUCUUAAAUCGUGGAAAUCUUUGGACACACCGCAUGGCUUUUAUUUUCAGAGUUUUCAACUUUGGGGAGAGAGGGCCAGUCUGCGGUGUAAGGGAGGGGAUCGGAGGGUUGGGGACUAAGACUUACAUGCAGUGAAACCAUUUCAUUCUCAAAAAUACAAAAAAAGAGAAAUAUACGAAACAUUUAAAAAAAGAAUCAGCAGACAGGUACAUGUAUGCAUUACGCAGGAAAAACAACAUUACGGUUUCUCUAAAGUGUUGAAAAAAAAAAAAUCAAGCGUUGCUUCAAUGACGGUGCAGUGAAGCUCGAAACGGCGUCACAUCGAACACCCAGAGCAUCUCAUCUUGUAUCAGCAAAAACAAAAAAGAAGAAUCACCUUAACGCUUCAGCAUGUUCGGUGCACCAAAAAAGUUGAAAAUUGACUUAAUGUAAUGUAGCUGCACUUAUCAAUGUAAUCAAAUCUCAUACAAUAAUCCAUAGUGAAUUAUAUUCGCCAGUAUGUCAACACAACAAGCAAAUGUCUAUCAUUGUGCUGUCUAGAUUUGUUCGUUUUUAUUUAAUUUCCGCUCCACAUAUCUUCUGUAUUCCACCAUCAUAUCGUCAACACCUAAUUUUGCUCCUUUGCACAAGCACUAACCAACCAAGGGAUCUUAGCUUUGUCACUGAUGAAGGGAAAAAAAGUCAGUUCGAAACAUUUAGCAAGAGUGUGACUGCACACAUACGUACACUUACACGCGCACACACACACACACACACAAACAAACAACCACACAACACAUAUCAAAGUGUCUCUAGGCCCUCCACAACAUUCCCAUUGUAUCAAAACUGUGAUACACCUUGAACUAUCCCCUCUCAGCUUGCGCCACAUUAAAAUUGCAACACAUUUUUCUUUCGCUAACGCUAAUGCAACUCAUCCUGGAACUCAUCGGUGGUGUGCUCUAGAGGGGACAAAAACCCUAGACGUAAAGAUUGGUCCGCCCUCUAAAAUGAGCGAUGGGGUAGAUACAGUGACCAGGGCAACCCUGUAGUGCACCUGGUGACCAUAGGGAGGUUUUAGCGUCGUCCCUCUGGCCGAGUGUCCCGACGAACCCUUUAGCUACACCGCUCCCCCAUCCCUUCAGAGAGCCAAGGACAAUGGCAGGAAACAAACAUACUGCACCGCUUGAGCAACUACAAUAAUAAUCAUUUUAAAAAAAAGACAAAAAAAACUUUCCUAUGGAACAGUAAGUGCAAUGUGCUUCGUUUUUAUAUUGACUGAGAACAAAAGAUAUAUAUAUUUUUUAAAAAAGAAAUUAAACGUCACACUGAAAUGGUUUGCAGAAUAGUGAAAGGAUCAAAUGUAACGAACAACAACAAAAUGAAAAAAAAGUGUUAACUAACAGAUUCAAUAGAAGAAUCAAACAAGCACCAAGAGCUCUGGUCUCUAAAAAUGUCCAUUAUCCCUUCCUCCACCCCCUUAUUAGUGCUCUGACCAUGCAAGCUAAAACAAACAGCCGUCUAUGGUACCGAAAAGAGCAAAUCUAAAAGACCGUGAAUGGAAUACUGUCUAAAAUAUCAUCGGUUUUAGCCCAUGUUGAUUUCAGAGUAUCAUUUUUCCUGUAAUUUAUUGAUUUACUUUACAUAUCAGAAUCACACGUUAACUUAGCGUAUUUGUGUUGUUGAUGUUGCCAUAGAGGACACACGUGGGUCGAAUAUUUUGUUUCGGUUCCUUUUAUUGGGUACGGUUUCUUAUAUUUGUUUCCAUUAUUUAUAAUUAGUUGCUGUUCUUACAGUGUAUGCAGGUUUUAGAAUUAGUUAGAAUUAUUUCUUUUCAAUCAAAAUGUGUUUAAUUGUGUUUGUAAAAGUCUGUGGUAGCUUUUGUUGCAACAUAAAUAAUUUAAACUGAAAAAAAAAAAAAUCAAUAUAGCGCCAAUGAACUUGUAUUAUUUGGGCGACUUUAAGCUUGUAGUUUUAACUUAUUGUUAACUUAAAAACUAUUUAUUAUCAUUAUUAUGAUUAUUAUUAUUGCCUCGUAUGAAAGUAUGUUUUGUGUAUAUUUAUGGUUUAUUUCAUUAUAUUUGCAAGUUUAAAUACUUUUCAUUUUGCCAAAAUGUGGUUACACCUUUUUGUUUUUCUUUAAAGGGAACAAAUAGAUUAAAAAAAUUAAAAAAAAAAAAAAAACAACAGAAAAAAAAAACUGCUUUAGAAUUACAAUUUGGAAAAGUUCUCCAUAGGCAAAGAAUGCACUGCUAUAUUAAACUAAUUGAAGUGUAUAAACAUACAUGCUGUGUGCUAGAUGUUAUGCCUUUAAUGCCUGUGUUUUGUUUGUCUUGUUAAAUGAAAACCUUUUGAUUAUUUAAUCUAAUCACAGUCUUGUUUUUCCAGCCACGUUCAGAACCCCAUAGCGAGUCAGGGCCCGGGGCGAGGCCUGGGGCAGGGGGGGCAGGUCGAGGCGCGGUCCGGUCUACGGUCCAGACCCGCAGCCAGGCCUUAGGCUCAGCGUCCCUCGCCAAAAACCUCUCACCCGCUGCCAUACAGCCGCCAAACCGACCGAGAGAGCGGUCUAGAAAAUAAAAGAGUCAGUGGGAGGGCUAGAGCGCAACGAUUAGCAGACGUGGGCUAAGAAAGCGCAGCGGGGGAGACGGGGCAGGCGAGGCACUGAGCUAGAUAAAGGGGUCAGUGGUCACUCUGUUUCUCAACCAGUUGUAUUUUGUGUCAGUUAAUUUAGGAGGGACACAGAGUUACUUAGCAAUGUUCUUCUGAAACCAUUUUCCAGGAAUAACAGAAUAAAACAAACAAACAACAAUAAUAAAAAAAGAUCAAAAGCAGAACUCCUGAUCUCAGUGUCUGUGUGUCACGAAGAAAAAUCUCAUACUUCCAAACAUGAACAAACAAAGACAAACACAUAACAAAGGGGAAAAAAAUAAAUAACCUUUCAGUUUAGUUUAGGAUAUUUAUUACUGGGAUUUCAGCUGAAGACGCUUGAGGACUUUUUCAUGGAAUUGUUUAAUUAUUUGUACUUUACAUGCCAGAAAAAAUAAAAGAUAUGAAUCUCA